AUGACGACAUCAUUACGGCGUCUCAUUCAGAAACCUGCUUCUCAUCUUCAUCACGAUAGGAAUCUAGACUCCAACCAGACAAACACUGAUCCAGAGCAUCAUUCCUGUGGAGAAACACACACGCAGAUCAUCUGCGCAGACAGAGAGGACGCGCAGCUCGCCGGAGACCUCGACGCUCCUCACAGCGAGGAAGACUUCGGUGGACUGCUGGAGGUGGAGAUGAAGCAGAGUUUUCCAUCUGAAAUCACAGGUCCAGACCGGCAGGAAAACACGGAAACAACAGAUGAUCCGCGCUGCUCGCAGAUGCCUGCAAACACAGACGCAUACGCGUCUGCGGAAAGCGGCUCAUCUGUCGCUGCUAGACAAACAUUAAACAACCUCAGCUUUGAGUCCGUAAACCAGAACUCAUGGGCCAAGAGAACAGAACCAGACUUCAUCCCAACGUUUCCGGAUGAGAAUAUAAACCGCAGCUGCGCAGACAGACACGCAUUUGCUGCGAGAGAAGCGGCGCACCGCAGAGAAACGGUACAUGAGAAGUGGUUCAUCUGUUCGUUCUGCGGGAAGAGUUUUGACCACUUCAGUCACCUGCAGAUGCACCAGCGCAUUCACACCGGAGAGAAACCCUACCGCUGCGCAACCUGCGGAAAAAACUUCUCACAGCAGAGCAACCUGCGCACGCACCAAAAGAUCCACCGCAAGACACGCACGCAUAUGUAA